AUGGACCCUCUGGAGUCUGUGAAUGUGCAUCUCGAAUUCUGGGUCUCCAAAGUAUUAUUUGGUGAGCAUGAUUCAAUGCCUAAAAUAUUGGAGGACUUUUUGAAUACCCACGUUUUUCUUGCAUUUGAAAUUAAUUCAAAUGACACUGUCCUGACCAUUUAUGGACUUAAAGCUUUUAAUACUUUUGCAAUGUUUGUGAUUGUGUCGCUAGCUUGCAAUCUCCGGAUCAAACGACGUCGAGCCAGAGCCUGGGCCAGAGGCCUGCAAAGUCCUGUGUGGUGGAAACGGAGCUACUUCAUUUAAGAGGAUGCCUGUCCAGAACCCAUUGUUCAGAUGUCCUUUGCCAUAAUGUCAACCUUGGAACAGCCUUGCCUGUGGAGAGGCCAGCUUGACUACGAUGCCAAGUUCCAGAUCUUUUUGUGCCAGGACAGGUGGGGAGGGCGGGUUACCAGUGUUCUUAAGUAUAGUGUGGUUUUCAUUAUUGCCAUGCCCAGCUUUUAUGUGGGGUUUUAAUGGUUUUAUAAUAAAUAAAAGGUGCAGUCCCGAGAAAGGACCAUACAUUUGACUUACAU